AUGGGGAAGCGAAAGGCCGGCAAUACCCUCCAAACCCCAACGAAAAAGUUUUUGAAUAGUGAGAAACGUGACGUGUCAUCGGUAAGAAAUCGCUGAAGACUGUUAAAAAUCGUCUCAAUGAGAAGCGACAUCAACAGACUUCUUUCCAAAUUCGUUUUUCUAGGAUUCGGAUCCCGAGGACUUUGAAGAUCACGAACCGAUCGAUACGGAGGACUCCAGGAUUGAGAACGGCAACGCCACGUACGAACCGGAUCAACUGAGGGUUUUGACUGAGGUAACUCGUUAAAUUCAUAAAUAUUCUUUUUAAAAACAUAUUUUUUGCAGUCAUUUGCCGAAUUUCUCAAGACGCGACAAAUGGGCACGACUUCCGUGCACAACAUGGAAAGAUUGGUGGCCGAGUGGGCGGAGAGCCGUCCAGAAGAUGCCAUUGACGUCGGGCAAGUCGAAAUUGUCGAAAAACGCGGAAAGUAAUAGAAAAUUUCAGUCUUUUCUCCGCCGACUUCCGAAAAUACAUGAAGAGCGCGAUGAAGGUCGCGAAUCUGCAGCUCAGCGACGCCUCCUCAAUUUUGCUGACGUACAUCAGUAGCGAAAAGUCUCUAAAGGAGUACAAGUAUUUCCCGGCAAAGCCGCCGAGCAGAGUACUCAUUUACGCCAAAAAGAUGAAUUUGCCGACAAAGCCAUCAGAUCUUGCGGUCAGUUUCCAUCCAUUCCCAAUCUCCAGAAUCGAAACACUUUGCAGAGCACGUACAAACACAUGCGCGAGAACAAAUCGGCCAACAUAAUUCAGCAGGUCGAAGAGGAGAUGCGCGCCGGGAACGUCGCGUACAUCCAGCAGCUCCGAGGGUUCCUCGACAGUCAUCCAGACCUCACGGCCGCUCAGAAACACGCGAUAACUCUGCGCAUCAAGCGGCUUCAGAAACAAGCCCAGCCGAAGACCGACGCGCCGAAAAAGAAAAAGCCGGAGACCGCGUUCGGUCUCUUCUGCAGGACCAAAGCCGACAAGUACGCGCAUUUUCAUCAUUUUUUAUAUCUAUUUGCGACAAAUACAGAAGGAAUCAGCUGAUUCUCUCGUAUCGGUUGGGUUCCAAAUGGGUUAUUAUCACCUGAUUGAUUGAUAGCUCCUUUUCUCGCCUUUUCUCUGUUCGCUCACUCUAAAGUGACGAUUCUGAUGGGAGAAUGGCCAUCACCUGGCCAUUUACGUGAUAACAAAGAUCAAAAAGGAAUUUGCAGAUUCCGCGACCUUUCCGAGGAGGACCGCGAGAGGAAGCUUCGAAAAAAGUUCUCCAAAUUGUCGAAGCCAGAACUGGACCUUCUGGAGAGCCUGGCACUGAACAGCUAA